UGCUGCCCAAAGAUAAGUCACGUGAUUUCCCUUCAACGCAUUUCUCUUUCCUUUUAGCUGGAUUAAGUGGAAGCCGGGUGCUUGUUCUCUUUUAUUGAGCUAAGGCUAAAUCAGCGACUUGCACCGUUUUAUCAUCCCAUCCAGUUUAACUAUAUAUUAUAGAAGCAAUAAACAUGAAUUCCAAAGCUGAACUUGCUUGCAUUUAUUCAACAUUGAUACUUGUUGAUGACGACGUUGCUGUAACUGGGGAAAAGAUUCAAACAAUUUUAAAAGCUGCCGCUGUUGAUGUGGAAUCUUAUUGGCCCGGACUUUUCGCCAAGGCUUUAGAAGGAGUCAAUAUAAAAGAACUGAUAACAAAGAUUGGAUCAGGAGUUGGAAGUGCACCAGCAGCACCCACAGCAGCCGCUGCACCUGCUAGUACAGAAAGUGCACCUAAGGAAGAAAAGAAGAAAGAAGAACCUGAAGAACAAGAAUCUGACGAUGAUAUGGGCUUUGGAUUAUUUGACUAAAUUUAAGGAUCGCAAUGUAUUGGUCCAUUACCUAAUUUGUACAGUUAUAUUGUACAAUAAAUAAAAUAUUUUGAAAUUAAA